GAAAGAAGCUGGCAAGAGUGUCAGAAGAUACCGUAAAGGAGUCCUUAUCAAAGUCCUCUAGGUGUUUCUCGCCGGCCGGUGCCUGCGCUGCGUUGUCAAUACCAUGGACAGCACCCGCGAACCGACUCAGGGGCGCCUGGACGCCGCUGGCUUCUGGCAGGUCUGGCAGCGCUUUGACUCAGAGGAAAAAGGUUACAUAGAAGAGAAGGAGCUGGAUGCUUUCUUUUACCACAUGUUGCCGAAAUUUUGUACUGAUGAUGCAGUCAUGGAAGAAAAUGUGCAGAAGAUGAAACAACAAUUUACGUCUGCCCACAAUGUCUCUAAAGACGGUCGCAUACAGAUGAAAGAGCUUGCCUGCAUGUUCUUGUCCGAGGAUGAAAACUUUCUUCUGCUCUUUCGCCGGGAAACCCCCUUGGACAGCAGUGUGGAGUUUAUGCAGAUUUGGCGCAAAUAUGAUGCUGACAGCAGUGGCUUUAUAACAGCCGCUGAGCUUUGUAACUUCCUCCGAGACCUCUUCCGCCACCACAAAAAGGUCAUUUCUGAGGCUAAGCUGGAAGAAUAUACUGGCACCAUGAUGAAGAUCUUUGACAAAAAUAAUGAUGGCCAGUUGGAUCUUAAUGACUUGGCAAGGAUUCUGGCUCUUCAGGAAAACUUCCUUCUCCAAUUUAAAAUGGAUGCUUGUUCCACUGAAGAAAGAAAGAGGGACUUUGAGAAAAUCUUUGCUCACUAUGAUGUCAGUAAAACUGGAGCCCUAGAAGGCCCGGAAGUGGAUGGGUUUGUCAAAGACAUGAUGGAGCUUGUCCAGCCCAGCAUCAGCGGGGUGGACCUUGAUAAGUUCCGGGAGAUUCUUUUGCGUCACUGCGAUGUGAAUAAGGAUGGAAAAAUUCAGAAGUCUGAGCUGGCUUUGUGUCUUGGGCUGAAAAUCAACCCCUAAUCCCCAGACCGCUUUGCCUUUGGCUCUUAGCGUGUUUCUGAGCUCCUGCUGGUAAAACUGUAUCUGUGCUUUGCUACUGGGAACACAGUAGGCAAACUUUCUAACAAAUGGUGUGGUGUUCUUGGGCAAGGGGAGGGACCUGAGGGCCUUCUUUUUAAUGUCCUGGUGUUUUCCUGCCUUUACUGGAAGCCCCCCACGCAGGGUCUGUGUUAUUUUCCCCUUGACCCUGGGCUUUCCUGUUCUGCUAAAGACUCAGCUGACCUCCAGGAUCUGCUUGGCUUGUCCUCCCCCAGUCACUGGGGAGGUGGGGCAGCUGAGUCCAUCUACCUGUGCUCUUCUUUUCGGCUUUCUGCUGAAUGGUAUGUGGCAUUCGUGGCAGUCCCGUGACUUUUACAAAUAGAUUUUGAAGUGGAAAUAAAGCUGCAGCUGGAAACAAA